GCGGAAAGGAAAUGUGUCAUCUGUGGUUUGGUUUGAAAAGUGGAAAGCUAGCUGUACGCAUCCUCUUAAAAAACUGCAGAUUUUCAGUUUCGUAGUCUUCAAACUGUUCCACUUUAAGUAAGAGAAGAAGAAAAGAAGUGGUUGAUUAAGUAGUGUGGCAGAGCAUUUGUAAGAUACCAGUAUACCUGUGGGCAUGGAGCACAUAGGACAGUACCUGCAUCUCCUUUUCCUGAUGACAACAGUGUGUACCUUGCCUCCAGGAACAAAAGCAAACUAUACACAUCUGUUGGCUGACAAUGUCACCGCCUGGGGCUCUGUUAAUGAAAACAGCACGAGCAGACAUCAAAGUGAGAGGAGCACAGACCCUGUAAGCCCUACAGUAGAUCACAGAGUGAGCUCAACAGGCAUACUUGCAUCAUCUCCCACUGUGUCUUUAGCCCAGACAUCUACAUCAAAGCCCUCCGGGCCUCACGUCUUCAGAAACAGUUCUCCAACAGCAGAGACCAUUGAAAGCACAAGCAAAAGUCAUGGGGAAACUUUUAAAAAGGAAGUCUGUGAGAAAAACAACAGCAACAUGGCCAUGCUAAUUUGCUUAAUUGUAAUUGCUGUGCUUUUUCUUAUCUGUACUCUUCUAUUUCUAGCAACUGUUGUUCUGGCAAACAAAGUCUCAUCUCUCAGAAGGUCAAAACAAGUAGGCAAGCGCCAGCCUCGGAGCAAUGGUGACUUUCUGGCAAGUAGUGGGCUCUGGACUGCUGAAUCGGACACUUGGAAAAGAGCAAAAGAGCUCACAGGCUCCAAGCUCCUGACGCAAUCUACUGGUGUGCUCCCAGCUACCAGGGAAAGGAAGCAUGAAGAAGGAACUGAAAAACUCAACUAGACCACGAGUUAGGAAAGGGAAAUGCAAAGCAGCAAUGAGGAAGGCUGGGUUGUAAAGAAAGCAAGGUGGUGGUGGUAUUUCACACCAAUUGUUUGUUCAGAUGUCUGAUGAAAAAAAUCUGACGUGUAGUUUAGCAUCAAAGAAGCCAGAAAAAAAAUAUGUCUGCUGAAGUUACUUAAAACUUCAUUUCUGUUUCACACUGCAUAUAUUUUAAAAAGUAAAUAAAACAUCAGCAGCCGAAGAAACUAAUAGAAAUAACAAGGGGUAACUAAAUACUCCUGUUCAGCAACAGGUGACCUUUGUCUGAAUGUACUUGAACUUGGAAGGGUUCUAUUAAAUCCUUAGAGCCAAGCAGAUGCCAUAAUCUCUAGAAGUCAAAUUACUAAUUGCUAAGUAUUUUCUUAAAACGCCAAACCUCUCCGCCAAUGCAAAUAAUUUCAAUCAGACCGAAUCAGACCGAAUGAAAAGAUGCCCAUGUUUAAUGGAGUGCUCCCAGGUAGCCCUAGGAAAACAUGGAGAGGGGAUGAGAGAGAAGGGGAGACCAUGUGAAACCUGGAGACCACGUGUUCAUUCUCUAGGUGGCAAUUUUAAUAGCCUGUGUGAGUGGUCUUGACUUCUCUGGGGAGGGGGUUACCAUUUGGCGGGCAAUGUAGAAUUCAACUGUGUCAUGCAAUGGUACAUUCUCACUAGAUGAGGUAGAACCCACACCAGUUUUUAUCCUAGCACAGCUAACAUUAGGUUACUUCUCUUUACCUUUACAUACGGCAGAAGACCAAAGUGCUUUUCUACUAUUCAUAAUAAACUAAAACUUCAUAUUGUCCAAUAAAUGAAAAAAAAUUAGAACAAAGUUGGCCAUGUAUCUUGCAUUUAUACUAUCCUAGACUACAUUAUAAAAAAGAAAACAGGGCUGGAGAGAUGGCUCAGUGGUUAAGAGUGCCGGCUGCUCUUCCAGAGGACCUGAGUUCAAUUCCCAGCAACCAUAAGGUGGCUCACAGCUAUCUGUAAUGAGAUCUGUCACCCUCUUCUGGCGUGCAGGCAUACAUGGAGGCAGAAUGUUGUAUACACAAUAAAUAAAUCUUAAAAAAGAAAACAAUAACAACUAAAAUAGAUGAGAUUCACACAACAGAAGGCUAAACAGGACUCACACAAGGCUCACAGAUGGCUGUAACUCCAGUUCCAGGGGAUCCUGGCUUCCUUAGACAACAGGCAUAUACAAUGUAUACAGAUAUAAACGCAUAUACAUAAAAAACCCAUAUACAUAAAAUAAUUAAAAAAAUCAUAACAUUUAUCUUUUGCAUACAUACUACUUUUAACAACAAGCAUUGGCCAGGUGUGGUGGCAUGCACCUGUAAUCCCAACAUUUGGGAAGGUCAAUUAAAGGAAUUCUGAAUUUGAUGCGAGACUGGUAUGCAUAGUGAGGCCAUCUCAAGCAUUAACAACAACAAAACAUAACAGAUGCCUUAAAGUUGGUUAAUAUUUAGACUGCAAGGAUGCUAAGUAACUUAAAAUGAUCAAUUUCACUUUUAAUUUCAAAAGCAGCAUGAGUAAAGGGAAGUGAGGUGUGUGCAUGUGUACAUGCAUUUGAUCAGAUCUGGUAAAAAGGUAAUUGCUUAAGCUUUGAAAAAAAACUGCCUUUAAGUAAAAUAAUAACUGACAUUCAGGUCAAGCUCUUUAUUUCAAUAAAGCACAUCACAAAAGCUAACUUGAGAAACUUUCCAAGUAUCCAGUAAAACUGAAAAGGGAUGUAUCAACUAAUAGCUAGGCUUCACUUAAAUCCCACUCCUUUACUAGCUUUAUUCUGUGCAAUAUGCU